AAUCUCGCACCAGUGGCACACAUUUUUGUCGUUUCGGUGUUGCGCCAUUCCUUGAUUAUUAGGAGAUAAAUUCCUCUUCCUAAACGAUUUGUUUACGGUUUGGCUCUAGCUAAGGUCGAAUUUUCUGGUUUUAUCGAUUACUUUACGAGAAAUGCAUCUGAAGAGUUCUGCUGGACGUCCAAAAGGGAAGUGUAAAGGAGUAGUUGCUUUGACCAAGAAAGACAACAUGGCGGCUGAAGUUCCCCUCACCAACCGCCACGUGGAAAAGCCGGUUACUAGCGGCUAUACUUUCUGUGCGUCGCCUCUGUACGAAUCCAAGCCUCGUCUUUGACACUGGGGUUUAUGACCUUGCUUCCCCAAAAACUGAAGGUGAUCUUCCCAAGACUUCAGUUCUAGAUGAAAGUGACAGCCUUUGGUCUGUUGAUUCUGUUCCAGAUUGGAACAAGGCAAAUCCUGGAGAACUUUUUUUUGACCAAGUGGCUGAACUUGAGAAGCUCAUACCAGGGGAGAGAAGCAAGGGACACUGUUUGGAGGAGUCUUGGAUGGCAGAUGUGGAGUUGCUUAAGAGUGAAGAGACCAUCAACAACUGGACUGGUCCAGAAGAAAAAUUUGGUGGAAUUGACCAACCUGAUAACAUUUAUGUCGGAGCACAGAAUGUUGGCUUGGAUAUUUGUGGCAAAAGGGAGGUGGAAAGCAAAGCUUUCAUUAUGAUUGAGCAACAAACACUUGAUUCAGAUGUGCUGAAUGGGGAGGCAGCAGGAGCACUAUUUGAUGUCUCCCAAGAUUCUCCUUCAUCAGUUGGAAGUUCUUGCAGUGAUGAAGUUUCAGAUAAGAGAAUAAGGAACAACCAGGCUUCAAGAAAGUUUCGUCGUGCAAGGAAAGAAAGAAAUAAUUCAUUGUUUGUGAGAGCAUCAAAGUUAGAGCAGGAAAACCAGGCCUUGAAGCUUCAAGUUAAUCAGAUGCUUCAGGAAGUAAUUUCUUUGAGGUCUAUGCUCUCAAAUAAUACUUUUCCCAGUCAAUUUUGACUUUUUUCAAUCAAGAUUUGGUUUCUUAUUUUGUUUAAGUAUACCAACAAUUGUGUGAGAAAAGUUUCAAAGUUGAUCACUUCAUAGUAGUCUUAUUUAAUUACAGUCCCAAGAAAUUUACAUUUAAAGCAUGUUAUGACCACUAGUGUUAGACUGAAAGAAUUCUUUUCAAAAAUCAACAUGCAGCUUUUAACAAAGUUCACUGUUGUAAUCUCAAGACUUAAUAGAUUGUGUGUUUGAUUACUUUUUAUGUCAUCUGUGCUGCUUAAAAAAUCUAGAAGUAGUACAAUUCUCUGGUGUUGGGUUAAAAUACCCACUUUAGAACUCGCACACUAUUCCAAAGUAUAUUCUCAAUUAGAUAAUUUUUUUUGUAAGAGUUAGCAUGUAGCAUUUAUGCUGUUGUUGUGCAAUGUUUUUGUAGUUUCCAUAAUUAGUUCAACUAGUUGAAGUGUAAUUUUGAAGGAGUCAUAGGACUGAUUCUGAUUAAAAAGUGUAAAUUUGGUGUUCCAAUGACUAUGUAAUAUGAUUUAGACUUAAUGAUUAUUCUUAUGUGAUAGGAUUUCUUUUGU